AUGGAAAUUGAAUAAGAAGAAUAAAACAUAUAAGAACUGAUUGCAUCUUAGACAUCCAUUAUUAAUGUGAGAACUUAAGUUGACUUAGAAUAAUAUUUCCAAAAUAUCAAUAUUAGAUUGAAAAAAGAGUAUUUGAAAAAUAAUCAUCUACGUAAUUGUUAUUUGGACAUAUUUGAAAAAGACAGUAUACAAAGAAAACAAUGUUCAACUACUGAAUUACUAAUCAAUUUGUUCAAGACAUCUUAUUCGGAAUUUAUGAAUAAAUAAAUUGACAAUAUCGGAAUUAUUAAACUAUUUAUUGAAGACAAUAUUGAUGCCUUCAUUACUGGAUCACUGAUACCUCCCUAAUAAGUUUGGCAUGAUUAUAAAAUAUUAAUUUUAGCCAUUAUAAUUAAAAUUAUGAGAAGUAAAUCUAUUAGUUAUAUUAGUGAAAAGCAGUACAGGACAAUUGAUUUAUGAAUGUAUGGUAGCUCAAAUAUAUGCAAAAUUAGGGUGCAUUUUUUAAGAUGAAGUCCCAUAUAUUCCAGAGUUCAAAGAUUAUUUUGAAUGGUAUUUUUGGUCUGAUGACAGAAAUAAAUAUUUAGAAAUAAAUGAGCUUACAGAAGAUUAAUAACGUCAAUUAAGAAUAGUAAGUAUUAUAAGAAAAUAUUCCUUUUUGCUUUGGAGUUUGUUAUGGAUUGAUCCGAAUUAAAUCUUAAGCAUAAAUCCAGAUCUGCAAUAAUUUAGACAAGAAUAGAAAAUACCAGCUUAUCGAUAUUUGAAUAAGGAUAGAUAAAUGUUUGCAAUUCUAGUGUUUAAAUUUGUUUAAUGCAAUACAUUUGCCUUUGUUCCAGCACUUAAUGCCUUAUACGAUGUUGUUUAAGAUAAGAAAAUAUUGUUACCCAUUUUCAAUAUGUUUUAAGAUAAAUUGAGCAAUGAUGGACUUUUAGAGAGUUUAUUGGAUGACUUAGGACCAUUGAAGGAACUAGCCAAAUAUGAAUUCUUUGUCUACCCUUAGGUUCAUGAUAAAGGAUUAAUAAGGAUUGUUUAAGGGAAAUUAAAAUUACUUCUGGAUGAGGGAAGCCAAACAGAAAAUGAUUUUUAUGCAAAAUUAUUUUUAAACGAUUAGAGACCUACAUUCUAUUAGGAUUGA